AUGCCUACCGAAGGAUAUAAUGGAUCUCCGUCAAAGACGUCCAUCAACACUACAAGGCUUUCAGCUAUGAUGGAUUCUCUGGAUGGAUUCAACACAAAUGGAACGAUAGAUAACAAUAAGCCAAAUGAAUCACCUACCACUCAAGAAAAAGAAGAACAAGAACAAGAUCAGGAUCAGCAGGGUGACAUGUCGGCAGCACCAGCUCUGGUACCUCCACCAUCUCUGGCAGAUUUACCAGAUGGGUCACAUACUCCAAAGAGUUUCCUAUAUACCAAGUCUCCUGGGAAUAAAUCCCCUGGUGUAUAUUCUCAAUUUAGUCCCGCCGGUACAAGACUAAGUAUGUAUUCGAACUAUUCAGGUGUCAUUCAAGAAGGUACAGGUGUAUCGUACGUUGUGAAAAAUAAUAUAAAUAGGGACAAUCAAAAUAAUGACCUAGAACAAACCAAUAAUGGACUUGAAAAUGCUCUUGAACAACCUCCUCAUAUAGAAGUAUCCAUAGGAAACCCGGAGGAUGAUGAUCUCGAAUAUGAUUCACCAUCUAAAAAUGCCAACAAACCUCAGAGAUCAAAGAGUAACCUAAUUAUCGAGACUAUACCAAAUGCUAAACCAGUAAGCCGUUAUAACUCAUUAAAUUCUAAGCCAGAAGUUAUUACGACAACUGAAAAAGCCCCUGAAUUACCUAGUUUACCUAAUCAACAGAAACCAACAAACUCUACAAGCGAUUCUAUUCAUCUAUCUGAAGGAGUAUCAAAGGGUAUAAGUAAGAAUCUUUCAAUAGGUUCGGGAAACCUUGCGAGCGAGAGUGGUUCAUCAGCAUAUUAUCCAUUCAAUCAUCCAUUGGAGGAAGUCUUAGAAAAAGGAAGCGAAGAAACAACAAGAAAUCAUACACCUGGUAAAUCAAUAGAUAACUUAUCAAGUACGUCAAGUGAAUUACCACCUUUACAGACCUACCAAACAUCUAGUGUGAAAUCAUUAACUCCUGAUAGAUCUGAGAUGGCAGAUUAUAACCCUACUGUUCCAUUAAGAAACAGACACAGACCAGUCACCAGAAGUUUCCUAAACAACGAACUUGAUAAAAUAGAAUCUGAAUUAAAACAAGAAUUAAAUGAUAAUAACCAAUCGCAUGUGACCGUUCACACAAAAGGUGGAGACUCUUACUUUUCUGCUGAGAGUGAGGAACCCAGUGAAGCUGCUGACCAAUUAUACAGAGAUAGAAGAGUUCCAAGUAACCCUGCUCCACGUAAUAACAACAACAAUAAAACGAAAGUCCGUGGUACGUUACCUCAUAUUGCAAAUAUUGCAAACUCUAAUAAGGAUGACGGUUUUGAAGAUAUUGAGGAAGGACACAUAUUUAGUAACCAUCCAUCCCGAUCAUCUAGAGAUACAUAUAACCACAGACAAAAACGCGAGAAAUCAUCCAGACAUAAAAAGAAUGCAUCAAACUCAUUUGAUACUAACACCCUAUCCCAGUUAUUGAUGAUAACGAAAGGUACGCUCGUUGGUUCAGAAUUUUCCAAUCUAGGUAUGAAACUAGAAGAAAAAAGGGCUCUGGAAAGAUUGGUUGACUCUCUCUCUAGGUUGACUGCUGAUAUGAUAUUAGAUCCAGAUCGUUACAAUGAAGGUAUAAAGAGGUUAAAUAAUGCCGUGAAGGCUCUGGAUGGGUUUUAG